AUGGCCUCCACCUCUGGCAGCUCCUCGUCGAUCCCAACAAGGAUCAUCGACCUACCCCCCAACCACGAAUUCUCCUUCGAGCUCGAAGGUGGCGAAGCGCUCUCCAUCACGCUCCUCUCCGGUCUAGCCGAAACCUUUGGCGUUGAAUUAGUACCUCACACACCUCACCCUUUCUCGGAUCAAGUUCGAGCUUGCGUAUGGACUCCUACGGGCUGUACGAUCCGAGUCGAGGGUUCGGUAGAGAGUAGUUAUGUCGGUGAUGAAGGCGGGAUGAGCGUUUAUCAGGCUCUGCAUUUGGGUUUGAGUAGGAUCAGGGCAGAGGCGAGGCCGAGUUCGACGAGUACGAGUCGGAACAAGCUCGAUUGGACGAGCGUACAAGAUGAUGAGAUCUUGCCUCCGCGCGUGUUGGUCGUCGGUGAACGAGGUGCGGGGAAAUCAUCGUUGAUCAAGUCGUUGUUGAAUUGGAGGGUCAGGGAAGCUUGGGCUUUACGCGGUGGCAAAGGUGCGACGAUCAAGGAUGGCGGUGGAGCUUUGUACGUCAAUUUGGAUACGAGCGAAGGCGCUUCAACCGUACCCGGUACACUCUCCAUCACCCCCAUCAACGCCUUACUGCCCACCACCACUCCGAUCAACCCUUUCGGUACGUCCGGUACGUCCGGACCGCCCGUUCCUUUCCCACAAAAUUCCAACCCGGCAACGAAUUGGUUACCCCCACCUUCGAUCGAAGCCUAUGCUCCGACGGUCAACCCUUUGGUCUAUUGGUUCGGUCACCAAGACCCUUCCGACGCGUUGAGUUUGUACGAACAUUUACUCAAAAAGUUGGGUAAAACCUUGGGCGAUAAAUUCGCGCAAGGUGGUUUGAUGGGUUGGAAGGCGGGCUGUUUGGUCGAUACGCCGGGCGAAUGGGCCGAGAAGAAAGCGUUGCCGAUGAUCGUAAAGGCCGUAAGGGCGUUGGAAGGUAUGUUCCUCAGCUUUCGGCGCUGUGGAUCACCGAGCGGUCGGGAUGGCGGUAGGGGAAGGAAUUUUAAUUUUGUUUGCUGAGCGCUUCUCUCUCUCUCUCUCCUUUUUGGGGGGGGGGGGGGCGGGGUCUUGGACGCGCACACAGUCAACAUCGUCCUCGUUGUGGGGAAUCAACGUCUCGAAGACCAAGUCAAAAAACUGCUGGAUACGAACAAGACCGUCACCGUAGUGCGCGUACCGGCAGCGAAUGGGGUCAGUUAGCCGAGCUUGCCCUUCAUCUUUCCUCAGUCCGCUCACACCUCCCCUGCUAUCCCUUGCAGGCUUCCGCACCGGACGAAGCACUGCAACGUCGCAUCAAGGACGCUCAAAUUCGUUCCUACUUUUAUGGUGGACCGGCCCUGACGACGGGGGUCUUGUCCCCCUUUUCGAUCAUUGUCAAAUUCGAAGAUUUACGAAUCGUGCAGAUCGGCGAAGGUGAGUGGGGUUGGGGGGUUAGGGUUUUUUGUUGAAAGGGAAAACCUGAUCCAACACCCAUUUUUUAUUUUACGCUCCUUUCUCCUCUAGCGCUCUCGGCCCAAGCCCCCGACUCGGCUUUACCGAUCGGAUUCGGCCGCACAGUCGGGGACCUCGAUCUCGUACCGUUGGAUUUGGAAGCGUCGAACGCACCGUCGAGUUUGUUGUUCAGGUUAUUGGGGAUCCCUCAGGCUUUGGAGGGGAGUGAGGACGCGGAGGUCGUGGGUAGACCGGUGUUGGGUUGGGUUUAUGUGUGAGUCUUUUUUUUUAAAUAUGGGAUUCCCUUUGAGCGUUUCAGAAAGGGGGUUCAAAAAGUUUUGAACUGACGAGAGGUGUUGGGUUCAUCUUUCUUUUAGGUCGGCGAUCGAUCAAGUCAAGAAGAAGAUUACGCUCUUGAGUCCCUUACCGGGCCGAUUACCGAGAAAGACGUUGAUUCUGGGUUCGAUCGAUUGGCAGGAUGCUUGA